AUGACCAAGUCCAGUGAUGGUAAAAAGGUUUCGAGUCAGUUGAACGAAACUGAGCAGAACUUCUUACGUGCAGCUCGUGCUGGAGAUCUGUCAAAAGUUGUAGAACUUUUGAACGCUGGUGUACACAUCAAUUUAUCCAACUCGAUUGGACUUACUGCACUUCAUUUAGCCUCAAAAGAAGGUUAUGUUCAUGUUGUCGAUGAGCUACUUCGACGUGGAGCAGAUUUCGAUGCUCCUACUAAGAAAGGAAAUACAGCACUUCAUAUCGCAAGUUUAGCUGGUCAUUUCGAAGUUGUCAAGCUACUUUUGGAUGCUGGUGCCAAUAUAAAUCGUCAGUCAGUUAUUGGAUUUACCCCAUUGUAUAUGGCUGCUCAAGAAAAUCAUCUUAAUGUAGUUGAUCUUCUACUUCAACGUGGUGCAAACCAAGCAUUAACUACUGAAGAUGGUUUCACUCCUUUAGCAGUAGCCUUACAACAAGGACAUGAUCGUGUUGUGGCACAUCUUCUAGAAAGAGAUUCACGUAGUCGAGGUGGCAUGCCAGCUCUACAUAUUGCAGCACGAAAAGAUGAUGCAAAUGCUGUGAGUUUGUUAUUGAACAAUGCAGAAGUUAACGUGAAUCAUCAAUCUCAACCUGGUUUCACUCCACUACAUAUUGCUGCUCAUUAUGGUAACGUGACUGUAGCACGUGUACUUAUUGAACGUGGGGCAGAUGUAAACUUUCAAGCCAAGAAUAAUAUCACACCAUUACAUGUGGCUGCUAAAUGGGGUCGUGGUGGAAUGGUCCAACUACUUUUGAAUUCGAAUGCCUUAGUUGAUUGUCGUACACGUGAUGGUUUAACACCAUUACAUUGUGCAGCUAGAUCUGGUCAUGCAGAAUUAGCUUCACUGUUGAUGGGUGCUGGUGCAAAUCCUUCAGCUAAAACAAGGAAUGGAUUAACUCCAUUGCAUAUGGCAGCACAAGGUAAUAAUGAAGAAGUUGCUCGUGUAUUGAUUCUGCGUGGUGCUAGUGUAGCUGACAGAACAGGAGAUUCUUUGACCCCACUACAUGUGGCUGCUCAUUGUGGUAAUACAGAAGUGGCACGUGUACUCUUAGACAAUGGAUGUGAUGUGAAUGCACGUGCUUUGAAUGGUUUUACUCCAUUGCAUAUUGCUUGUAAGAAACAAAAAAUUCGAGUUAUUGAACUACUUCUUCAGUAUGGUGCGCAAAUCAAUAUGACUACUGAAUCUGGCCUAUCUCCAUUACAUGUGGCAGCAUUUAUUGGUGGUCCAGAGAUUGUUCAGUUAUUAAUACAACAUGGUGCACAUGUGAAUCAAGCUACAAUGCGUUGUGAAACAGCAUUACAUUUAGCUGUACGUAAUCGACAAGUCAGUGUUGCUGAAACACUUAUCUAUCAUGGUGCAUCGGUAAAUGCUAAAGCUAGAGAUGAACAAACACCGUUGCAUGUGGCGUGUUUAACUGGGACACCAGAAUUAAUCAAUGUAUUGUUAUCAUGUAAAGCUAAUCCGAAUCUACCAGCUCGUGAUGGUUAUACAGCUUUGCAUAUUGCAUCUAAAGAAGGUCGUCAUGAUUUGUUAGGUCAAUUGUUAGAAGCUGGUGCUGAUUUAAACGCUCGUACGAAGAAAGGUUUCACCGCUCUUCAUUUAGCCGCUAAACGUGGUCAAGUCAAAGUAGCUAAACAAUUAAUUCAAGCACAACCGAAAAGUGUUAACGCUAUCGGUCAGAAUGAUUUAACUCCUUUGCAUAUUGCUACACAUUAUAAUCGUUUACCUGUCGUACAAUUAUUAUUGGAUAAUAAUGCACAAGUAGAUUGUCGAGCUGGCAAUGGUUAUACGUCGUUACAUAUGGCAGCUAAACAAAAUCAUUUAGAUAUUGCUACACUUUUAUUGGCUCAUGAAUCUGACCAAAUUCAAAUCGCAAAUUCAUCAUCACGUAGUGGGUUUACACCAUUACAUUUAGCUGCACAAGAAGGUCAUACUGAUAUGGUUUCAUUACUACUACAACAUGGAGCUGAUCCAAAUCAUCAGUCGAAAAAUGGUCUUGCACCACUACAUUUAGCUGCUCAAGAAGAUCACGUGUCAGUGGCACAAAUUUUAAAAUCCGCUGGUGCUAAAGUUAGCCCUCUAACUAGAGCUGGUUACAGUCCGUUACAUACAGCAUGCCAUUUUGGACAAAUUAACAUGGUACGCUACUUAUUAGAUUUACCCGAUGCACCAGAUAUUAAUCAACGAACACAAAUGGGUUUUACUCCGUUACAUUUAGCUGCACAACAAUGUCAUUCACAAGUGGUUCGUUUACUCCUAGAAAUGGGUGCUGACAGUAAUGUUAGAAAUCAGCAAGGUCUGACACCAGCACAUAUAGCACGUAAACAGCAUUAUGUCACAAUAUUUGAUAUUUUAAAAACUGUCACUACAACUGUUGUCAGUUGGGAGGAGGAACAUGAAGAACUUGAUCAAACGCUAAUGUUAGAACAUCCAGAUUUUAUGCGUGAACAUCCAUUUACAGAAUUAGAUGAAGAUGGUGUUGCACCUUCACCAUCAAUUUCACAUCGGUUAUCAUCAUCUAAUAAGAAACUAAAAUCAAAUGAAGAUGAUCAUUAUUAUUCAUCUGAUGUUACUGAACAAAAGAGUCAUACUGGUCUGUUCAAUUCAGCUUUUGAUAGUACAAUAUUAGCUGAAACGGAGAAUGAUGAUAUUUGGGGGCAAUUAGAGUAUAUGCAUUCCACUUUGAGUCCUCAAGGUACACUUUCGGAUCGUAUAACUAGUCAAAAGGGUGAUGAGAAUACAAAUGAAUUUAUCGCUACUCAAACUAGUUCUGUCUUGGAAACUAUCUCCCCAAAAUCUGUGCAAAAUACUGAAGUUCAAAUGUUCGGAGAAAGUGGUCAACCUGAUGGUGAUUGGGAUUUGGAAGUAGACAAUAUGGCGGUUAUUAAGAAGCCAAUUAAUACAGGAUUUUUAGUUUCAUUUAUUGCGGAUGCUCGCGGAGGUCUAAUUCAAGCAAGACGUUAUCCUGAUCUUAGGAUAUUUAUUCCUCCAAAUGUUAUCAAUGGUCCACUUCGUAUUGUUUGUCGUCUAGUUCAUCCUGAUCGCAUGAAUUCGCCACCAAUUAUGAAUGAUGGUGAUGGUUUAGCCUGUCGGUUACUUGAAAUCGGACCCGCUGGUAUACGAUUCGCUUCACCUGUUCUCUUUGAAAUACCACAUUAUGCUUUUUUAAAUGGGAAAAAUCGUGAGAUUGUUAUCCUCCGUUCAGAUAAUGGUGAAACAUGGAAAGAGCAUCCAUUGGAUGCUACAGACCAAGCUGUUCAAGACACUUUGAAUGGACAUUUUGAUUACGCUGGAUCAUUUGAAGAAUUACGUGCUAAGUCAAUACAUCGUAUUUUAACAUAUGAUCUACCACAAUAUUUUGCACUUAUUACACGUAUCAAGCAAGAAUUAAUUUUAAUUGGUCCAGAAGGUGGUACAUUAACAUCUACAGUUGUACCAGACGUACAUGUUCGUUUUCCUCAAGGUGCUUUACAAAAACGUAUACGUGUUGGUUUACAAGUACAUCCAGUUGAUCAUGAACUUGUAACAAGAAUGCUUGGUCCACGUGUCUCUGUAUCACCGAUUGUAACAAUUGAACCACGCAGACGUAAAUUUCAUAAACCAAUUACCUUGACUAUACCAUUACCAAAAACAGCUAUGUCAUCCUCUAGCGGUGUUGCUGACACUAAAUCUCGUUCAACUAUCGAUUCACCUAGUCUUCGAUUACUGUGCUCGAUUACGGGUGGGACAUCACCUGCUGUUUGGGAAGAUAUUACUGGCAGUUCUCCGUUAUCUGCACACGAUCUUUCUGUUUCAUUUACAUCUACAGUAUCUGCAAGAUUGUGGCUCGUAGAUUGUCCUAAUAUUACUGAAGUUGUUGAAUUAGCCAGUCGUGUUUAUCAUGAAUCGUUGGCAGUGCCUUAUAUUGGGCAGUUUAUAGUGUAUGCUCGUAGAUUUCAUCCUGAAGAAGCUCAAUUACGUUGUCUUUGCCUUACUGAUGAUUCGGCAGAGAAAACACUUGAACUACAAGAAGGAUUUCAACUAAUAGCCACUGGACCAUGUAUUGAGGUUCUUGAUGAUCAUCCACAUUGGAUUGAAACAGCUGGUAACUUAGUACCUGUUGCUAAAACUGAAGAACAAUUACAAUUGGGAAUGCAUGCGUUCCGUGAGAAUCGUUUGAAUAUGAUUGUACGUGUGAAAGAUUUAUCACAGCCGGCUGUUGGAAAAUUAGCGUUUAUGCGUCAUCCUCGAGCUGUACUACAAUCUGCUGGGUCACCUGUAAAACCGGCAACAGUUCUAGAGGCUAAAUUACCAGACGAAUUUACUGAUUACAUGACUGAUGGUGUAUUAAAAACAACUGAUAUUGAUGAUAUGCCACCUUAUAUUCCAGAAUAUAAUCAAAAUGGUGGUCAAUACACCACAUACAAUGAAUCGUUGCCGCAAACAUGGUCAAAACAAGAUCAUUACGAUGAGCCAUUAGCUAAAUCUGAGCUUGAUUUACGACAAGUUGCUUAUCAUUUAAAAUCAGAUUGGAGAAUAUUAGCUCAAUGUUUAGGCUUGUCUGAUGAAGAUCAGUAUAAUAUUACUUCUUUGCCUAAUCGUCCUGAAGAAGAAUAUGCAUAUACUAGUUUAUUGUUGUGGCAAGAACGUAAUGGGAAUGAAUUAACUUCGGGUACGCAACUUGCCGAAGCACUACAAGCUAUCGGUCGUAAAGAUAUAUUGGAAUAUUGUAUGACUAACAUUUCGCCUGUAAUAACAGCUGAUGAACGGGUUACUGCUUUACGUUCAUUGAAUGCCGUCUCGCCCAAUUUAAAUAUUAAUCGUGAAAAUCGAUCUCAUUCAAAAGAUGGCAGUGGUGGUUUAAGUGAAUCAGUUGAUACGGGUUAUGGCACACAAACCGGAUCUACCACACUAAUACCAACAACACCAGUGAUUACAAAGACGAUUUCAUCAACAAUUCAUACACUACCCACUUCAAGCAAUGUAGAUAAUUCUAAACAAUCUGAGCAAGAAGUGGAGCAAGAAAUUAUACAACCAGUUACUGUGACCACUGGUCGAAUUUAUUCAGGGUCACUACCAUAUGUGGGAAAAUCUAUUACUGAUGUUCCCGAAGACAAAUAUGAUGUAUUAAAAGGAGUUGAAAACAUUCUGGUUGAUAGUCAACAUUCAUCGACCAUAGAAGAUGAUAAAAUAAAUUCCACUUCUACUGGACCUCCAGUCAAUGAAGAAAUAGUCGUCCCUACUCAAAUUAAUCGCACUGUUCAAUUAAAUCGUACAGACGAUACGACUAAUAAUAGUAAUAAUAUUCAUAAACAAAUUGAAAAAGAUAGUGAUUUAUCAAACAUUUAUCCAGAUGUCUCCAGUGAUGUGGAGUCAGAUUUAUCGCAGGCUACAGAAAAACACAUUUUCAUUAAACAGCACAAACAGUUAUUCAGUGAUUCAUUAUCUCAUCCUAACUGUGAGAAAUCGACUGACGAUGUACAGUCGAUAGUAAGUAAAUCACUGGUUGAUAAAGCAGAUAAUGAACAAGCUCCAGAUGAUCAUCAUUUUGAAUCAUGUGAACAAGAAAUUUGUGCUCAUCACUAUCAAAGAUGUGGUGAACUUGAAGCUACAUGGGGUAAAGGUGCAGAUCAAGAUGUUCCACCUUACGAAACUGGUGGAUUUCAUGUAGAUAAAACACAUGAAAAACAAGUUUGUAAAACCGUAUUAGAUGAAUCAAAUGAAGAGAAGAUUUGUGCAUAUCACUAUCAAAGAUGUGGUGAACUUGAAGCUACAUGGGGUAGAGCUGCUGAUAGUAGUACUAACAAAGUACAAACUAGUGAAAAACAUGAAGAAAUGUUGUCUAUCGCACCGGGUAUUGUGCCAUCUGAGCAGUCAGGGUGCACAUAUCAGUUGUCUAACGAAACCGAAAUUACAUCAAGUAAACCUAAACCAGCAAAUACAUUUUCGAUUGAAGAUACAAUGCAGCAACCAUCAUCAUCGUCACGAGAGAAAUUAACAAAAACAAUCAUCAUUUCAAAACACACAAAAUCAGAUAAAGAUGACAAUAUUAUUCAAAAUAAUAUGGAAAAAGUCAUGAAACUUAAUCAGAAUUAUUAUGAUCACUCACAUAAACUAAACGAUGACAUUUAUGAAUUUCCUGAUAGAGUAAUUGCAAUACCACAAAUGGAACCCGUCGAUUCGACAGAAAUACUAUUUGAUGAUACUUAUUAUAAUAAUAUGUUAGGUGAUUUACUACAGGGUCGUUCAAUAUUAGAACCAUUGACACCUAUACCGGAAACAUCUGAAUAUUCGACAAGAUCAUCUGUAACUAGUAUAAAUCCAUCGAAAAGUUGGCAAAGUAGUGAUUUAAGUCCUUCGGAUUCGAUUGAAAUUCGUCCUGGUGGUGGUGCUGUCACUAAUGUAUCACGUCGUCUAUUGCAUCCAUUUUCCCAUUCAAAUCGUACAUCACAUGAAUCAUUUAGUGGUCCACAAAAAUCAUUCAAAAAUCCAGCUCUAUCUGUACAUAGUAUAUCAUCGAUUCAUUCUGAACCGGAUCGUAUUCGACGUUCAUAUGAAGCACAUUCUAUAGAAUCUCCAGGUCAGGAUUGUCAUAUGGAUUUGUCUAGUUCAUUACGUACACACAGUAGUCGUUCAUCAUCGUUAGCAGAAUUUUUACGUUUGGAAACAUCUUGUGAUGGUAGUCGUGGUGAUCUGCGUAUCGAUGUUGAUAAUGACGAUGAUGAUGAUAAACGACUUUGUGAACAUGAUCAAAAUUUACACGAUCUUAUUCAAAGUAUACAAGAAUUACAAAGACAACAUUUAGAUGAAUCAACGGGUUUAAUUACACCACCCAGUGGUGAUGAGGAUAGCUCUAAUAGUCGCUUAGCUAUUGGCUCCAAUGAUAUUGAUCAUCAAAUAGGUGAAUCAAUUAGGAAUGCAGAAUUAGAAUCAUCGGUGUCAUUAUUAUCCGCUUCCUCUUUACCACAAGUUAAUACUACAUCUAGAUCAGAGAUGCAACAAUUACUACAACCAAUAUAUAUGAGUAGUUCUAGUUUAAACUCCUCGGCACCACAGCCAUCACCGCCAUCCACAACAACAGCAAAAUUGCCUUGUAAAGAAUGUUCCAGAACGAAUACUAAUUUACUCAACGUUAGUUGGGCUGCUGAAUCUAAAAAAUCGUUCGUUUGUCGGCCAAAACUUCUACAGCGAGACCUGAAGGAUGCUAUUAGAUCGGCGAGUUUUGAGGAUGCUAAAUAUAUAGUUUUGUUCUUGUCAGUAUCUGUUAACUGUCAUACUGUUCAGAAAGCAUCCAUUCUCGGUCUGUACGAAAAUUUUGCUGAAGUCACUCUUGAUGCAGGACGAAGUUCUCAGGCUCGAACUGAUUGGUACACAUACGUGAUUCUUUACGGUCUACCAUACAGUGGUUACUUGCUAGCUUCUUAUGACACUUCAGCAUUAAACGAUAUAUUAGGUACAAUUGAAGUUUACAUGACUAAACGCCAGUGCCCCCAUGUCUCAUUAUUACGCGUUUGGGAGUCAAAUGAUCCUCACCCACAAGAAGAUUAUCUGGAUUGUUUGUGGGCUCAAAUAUGCAAUCUCCGAAAUAGUGGUUGGGUGGAAAAAGUAACUUGGAGAUUAUAUGACUCUUUUCCUAGCUUAAAAGAACAUGGUCAGCCGCAUAAAUUAUCACCUCUCACACCUCCUGAUUAUGAUGCGGAGGUUAUUUAUCCUCUUCCAUCUGUGGUUUUUCGAAUGUUUGACUAUACUGAUGUAAUAGAUCAAGAUGAAAACGAGAUUGUUCCUAAUUCAGAUUUAUCAUCAGAUGGAGUUAAAUCUAAUAAAGAAACUCCUGUCCUUCCGGGAGCACAUACUAUCGAACGAUUCCUUAUUGAUGAACAUUUGGCAAUUUUGAUGAAUAAUUUAAGUUUCAACAGAGUUAUGUGUGCUAAAGCUCUGUUGGGACUCAAAACUCGAGCCAAAGUAGCUUUAGAUUACAUGAUCAUUGAAGCUGUUUUUGCUGGAAUGUUUCACUUACCUCGUCCACCAGUUCAACAUGGGAAUCUUCUGUUUUAUGGGAGUUUACUAGUACAGUUAUGCCAUGAAGCUAGUAAUACAAUUCCUCUGGUGUUAGCUCAAGCCACUGAAGUCCUAUUUGAGCGUUUAGAUAAUAUGAAACCUGUUUGUAUUGGCAGGUUUAUUGAAUGGUUUUCCUAUCAUUUAAGUAAUUAUCAAUUGCAAUGGAGUUGGAAAGAGUGGUCCUCAUCUCUAACUCUAGAUCCGAUGUCUCCACAAAAACGUUUAAUUACCGAAACAUUAUGUCGAUUAAUACGUUUUUCAUACUACGAGAACGUCAAACGUUUACUUCCGAAAUCUUUUUAUAUAAUGUUACCACCUCAACCUACGGUAAUCAAUAAAUAUGAAAGUAAUCCAGAUUUGUCUUCUGCACGUGCAUUCUUUCGUCUAGUGGAUUCUAUCCGAGCACGCCUUGAACCCCAAACCGUCUUAAGAAUAGCUGAAACUGCCUCACAAAGUCGUGGUCGGCGUCUUUCACUAUCAGAACCAUUUGAUAAUGAUGGAGUAAGAGAUGAAAAAGAUGAAGAUGCAUCUAGUGAUGAUAGUCACUCUGAUCAUAGUGAUGAGGAGCGUCGUGGAAAAAGCCCCAUUGAUACCAUUCCUCUGUCAGAUCCUGAGUUUGAUGACUUGGAUGAUCCUGAGCCUGCUAAACAAGAAAUUCGUGCUCGUCUUAAAGCGCGUCGACGAAUGUUACGGGAGAGUGCAAUGAAACGUAAUUUGAAAAUAUCAUCAGAAGGUAAUGCCGAUGAACAGGUCGGUGUAAGAAGUGAUUCUAUCGAAAAGUUGCCAUUUACCACAGCAGCUCAAGUGUCUGAACUUUCUCCUGGAGUGACAAAUUUAGCUAUUGAAUUAUUUUAUUCUGCUAUGUUGAUCGCUGGUCAUAAAACAAUCAGUCACACAUUUGCGUUCAUAAAAAAGUAUGCUGCUGUCAUCCGGACUCUUACAUCUACUGUUGAAACUCAAGUAGAAGCUUUACAUGUAAUUCAAGCGGUUUGGGCUAAUAAUCCACAAAUGAUUGUCAUUAUUACAGAACAUAUGUGUCGUGUUGGUUUGAUUGAUCCGGAAGCAGUUGUUCGAUGGGCAUAUUCACCUAUAAUGACAACGUUAACAGAUGAUACAGUCAAUUUAAACUCUGCUAAUGCUCGUCCAAAAAUUUUGGACUUUUACGUUUGGGAGUGCUUAAGUCGAACUCUUGUUCGUGUUGGUAGGCGAGUUACUCGAAUUACAAGUAGACUAGAACUGGCAAAAGAAACGAUGGAAAUUAACAGGCGUUCUUCUCCUUAUUCGACUCCUGAUCGUGAAGACGCUGACCAGGGAGGAGAUGGUGAUAGCUUUCCACGGACUGGAGUCGACAGUAAUUCAUUCUUCAAGAAACCGAAAGAUUCCAUUUCUGGGAGAAUUAAAGUCAGUGACCGACGAAAACUUAUGGCAGGCUGUGAACUGGUUUCUUCGUCUGACGAUGAGGCUUAUGGUGGAGGAAAGGAUAAUGUUGGUGGUCGAGUAGCCAGACUAGAAGAAGCCAGGUGUGAAGCAGUUCGUAGUCAAUGUGCUGUCAUUACACUUCUUCUGCAUCGUCAUGCUAGACUUACUGCUGAACUUGCAUCUGAAAUGUCUGGAUCUACUCAGAACCAUUCAUUCAAUACGGAUUCUCCAUUUUUCUUACAUGAACCAACUCAACCGAAAAGUUUGUCUGACGAAGCUUUACGAAAUAUAAUGUUCUGGUUAAAAGGUCGUUUAGUGCAAGUGGUUCUUGAGCAUUGCGAUCAAUUAAUACCUUAUCUGGAUAACCUUGAUGAAUUUAUCUGUGGAGCUCAUCCUGAAGUUCAAGGCGUGUUCCAACAGCUUCGUUCAUUGUACGCAUAG